UGAAUCCCCGACGAUAGUUGGCGGCGAAGCUGCCGAAUCGGUUGCCGAUGGUGGUGAAAUCGUGCAUGUGGUGGAUUGUUGCACAUGGAGUGGCUGGUCCAACGGUGGGACCAAGUGGACAGCGUAAUCCUCACCACGUCAGCAGGCCACGUCAGCAGGACACGUCAGCCGACAGCAGCGCCACGUCAGCAGCCGAGCAAUGCCACGUCAGCAGCAGGGAGUGCCACGUCAGCAGUCCUCCGGCCUGGUCGAUAUUCACGUGCUUACAAACAGCUGGCAUGGAUCAGAAGUCCGGGGAAACGGUCGAGGCCUAUGAGGCCCGGAUGCUGGCUUUGAUUACCGAAGCCAAUAAACGGGCGGAUGAGGUAGCAGCAACAGAGAAAAAGAAGGCAAAGGACGCGGAGAAGGCACGUCUGUUGGCAAUCGAACAGCUGCGCCAGCAAGACGAGGCAGCAGCAAGGGCUGCCGAUGAAGAACGAAAUCAACAACGCGAGAAGAUAUUCAACGGAGAGCGAGCCUUGCUCACAAUGGCAGCGGACUGUCGGGCCGAGGCCGAUAAUGGUAAGAUGGAAGAGAGUGAAAGCAAGAUCGCUCUACUCCUCUCCCAUUUUACGGAUCUCCUGGCAACGUGCAUUGCACAACAGGAGGACAUCCACAACCUCGACGACUCGGUUCAGACGCACAACCAGGCGUUUGAUCAAGUCAACAGCCGCCUCCAGCAGCUGGAGCAACGACCCGUCGCCGCCCACGAUGCCAGCUCCUCCAACACCUCCGAUUGCCUCAAUGCAUUGGAGAUCGACGUCGGAACCCUCAAGGACGACGCGCAGCUACAGCAAACCGCCACGCAACAACUGGAGCAGUGGAUCUGUGCUGCCGCCGCCACACCGAGUUCGGCACCGCGCGACACGACUCCAAAGUUCGAUGGUCAGGAGAUCUUCUGCGAUUCGACGAAGACGGACUCGAUUCCGUUGUUCCGCAAGUUCGAGCUCAAGUUGCAGCUACACCACUACGGGGUGGUAGCUGCCGACUUGUACACCAAGAUCAGCUGGGAUGAUCUAAAGGCGGCGUGGCAUAAGCGGUUCCAAGUAGAGCCGUCGGAAAUCAAGGCAAUGGACAAAUUGAUGACCUUCGAACAAGGCAUGCUACCAAGUGUUGACUGGAUUGCCGAGUACCAACGCUUCACAUCCAUCCCAUACAUUCAGAUGGGCUUCAAGGCCGUCAAGCACUACUUCAUCUCGAGGUCGUGUCCGACAUUGGGCAACGCCUUGACUCACGUCGAGGAGACCCUGACGACAACGACGGAGCUCUUCGACAAGGCCGCGCAAAUCAUUUUCACGAACAAGGAGGCCAAGAACCUCAAUCGUUUGUCUGCGACAGGCUCGAGGAAAGAUCAGCAUCGACCGAAAGUGGCCGUGGCCGCGGCGACAACGCCAACCGACCCUUCUAGCGAGGCCAUGUCUACCAAUGAAGGGGACAGACUCGCAGCCGCCCGAGAUGGUGACCGCCCUGGCUAAGGCCGAGGACGCGGCAAGAUGAAGACAAACACCACAUCUAUCCCUGGGCUCGACGCAGCAGCUCCCGCCCCAUGGUCCCACUACGGUCUCUCCGAGCAAGCAUACAAGCAAUGCACGAGA